AUGAAGCACAUUCGGGAAAUGUUCGAAUACAUGGGAUAUCAAGUAAAAUCCGGAGAAAAUCUCACAAUAAACGAUAAUUGGGAUGUUAUUUGGUAUCAUGACUACAUUUUAACUCGUGAGCCUUUCACACAAAUGCUAGCCAAUGCGAAACCACAACAGAUUGUCAAUCAUGUUCCUGGUUCGGGAUACUACACAAGCAAAGUCCAAUUAGCAACUUGCGGACUAUCUAAAGGUGUUCCUAUUGCGUUCGAAUUGCCUUCACAGAAGCAAGACUUAAUAGAAUAUGCGAAAAAUAAUCCAGAAACAUUAUGGGUUCAAAAAGAUAAUGCCCAUAGAAAUAUUCGAAUUCGAAAAAUCGCUGAUAUGGACCUCAACAAAAGCGACUCAUUUGUGCAGAAAUUUGUAGAAAAUCCAUUGCUAAUUGAUAACAGAAAGUUUGAUAUUGGAAUUUACGCAAUUAUCACAUCUCUUCUUCCACUCCGUGUCUAUAUUUUUGACGGCGACGUUUUAAUCAGGUUUUGCCCGCAAGAUUAUCAUCCCCUCGAUGUUGAUAAUGUCGACAAAUAUGUUGUCGGUGAUGAUUAUACACCAAUUUGGGAGAUUGAAUCUCUUUCGGAAUAUGUUAACAAGCAAAAAUUGAGCUAUAAACACACGAUUGAUGCUUAUCUGGGUGUCAAGAAUAUUGAUUCCUCACGCAUCUGGAAACAAAUUCAAAAUAUUAUUGCCGAGGUAUUUCAACGACAACAAUCGAAGAUGUUGAUCGCUUUAAGCCAAACCGACUUAAGGUCGCGUUAUUUUGAAUUAAGCCGAUUCGAUUUUGUAGUUGACGAGGAUUUGAAUGUUUUUCUCAUGGAGGCCAACAUGUCACCCAACUUAUCAUCUGGGCACUUUAAACAAAAUCAGAUUUUGUAUGAGAAUGCUUUACUGAGUAUAUUUGGUGUGGCCGGUCUUGCACAUCACAUGACAAAAGAUACACAGCGGGCGUUUUUGAACAGAAAAAACGACGAGAACCCGUUAGUGACGGGCCGAGACAUUAACAUACCAUUGAAAUUUUGUGUGGAAAAGAAAUGCGAAAAAUGCGAUGAAGCGUUGGAAUGCCAAUUAUGCGGGCAUUGCAUGUCUUCAGGAACCCGGGAAUUUUUAGAACAAACCUAUUUGGAACACCUCAAUCGACGGCAAAUGCGCCGUGUAUAUUUUGAUUACACAAUAAAUCAGCCGGUUACAAAAGAGGAUCACCUGCUCAACAUUUGGUUGCAAACGAAGUGUGAGCUUGAUAAUUCAUGGUGUUAA